UUGUUACGUGUCUGUGAUCAUGUCUGAAACUGCGCCUGUAGUUGCAGCAGCAGCUGCCCCUGCUCCAGCCUCUAAGGCUCCAGCUAAAAAGGCAAAGAAGGCAGCCGGGGGUUCGAAACUCCGGAAGCCUUCGGGCCCCAGCGUAACCGAGCUGAUCACUAAGGCAGUAUCAGCCUCUAAGGAGCGCAAAGGGCUCUCUUUGGCUGCUCUUAAGAAAGCUUUGGCAGCUGGCGGGUACGAUGUAGAAAAGAACAAUAGCCGUAUUAAGCUGGGGCUGAAGAGUCUGGUGAGCAAAGGCAUUUUGGUGCAGACUAAAGGUACUGGUGCCUCUGGUUCCUUCAAACUCAACAAGAAGCCUGGCGAAAUCAAGGAAAAGGCACCCAAGAAAAAGGCAGCGGCAAAGCCUAAGAAACCAGCUGCCAAGAAACCCGCCAGCGCCGCUAAGAAGCCUAAGAAAGCUGCGGCGGUGAAAAAGAGCCCGAAGAAAGCCAAGAAACCAGCGGCUUCCGCGGCUAAGAAAGCGGCCAAGAGCCCGAAAAAGGCCAAGCCCGCCAAGCCCAAAAAGGCAGCUAAGAGCCCGGCUAAGGCCAAGGCGGUGAAGCCCAAGGCUGCCAAGCCUAAGCCAACCAAACCUAAAGCAGGAAAGGCUAAGAAGGCAGCGCCCAAGAAGAAGUGAAGCUGUUUGAAGAGAAAAUUCGAAUCUCGUGCAAACAA